CCCCUCCGUCCCUCGCCGCGCGGCCCUUCAAGGCGCUGGCGCAGCGAUGGCGGAGGCUGUGGAGCGCACUGACGAGCUGGUCCGCGAGUACCUGCUUUUCCGCGGCUUCACGCACACGCUGCGGCAGCUGGACGCCGAGAUCAAGGCGGACAAGGAGAAGGGGUUCAGGGUGGACAAGAUUGUGGACCAGCUGCAGCAGUUAAUGCAGGUGUAUGAUUUGGCUGCUCUUCGCGAUUAUUGGAGCUACCUGGAGCGUCGGCUAUUUAGCCGCUUGGAGGAUAUAUAUAGACCCACCAUCAACAAGCUGAAGACCAGCCUGUUCCGCUUUUAUCUCGUCUACACAAUCCAGACAAACAGAACCGACAAGGCUCAGGAGUUCUUUGCAAAGCAGGCUAUGGAGCUCCAGAACCAGGCGGAGUGGAAGGAUUGGUUUGUCCUGCCCUUCCUGCCGUCCCCAGACACCAACCCCACCUUUGCUACCUACUUUUCUCGACAGUGGGCCGACACCUUCAUUGUGUCCCUGCACAACUUCCUGAGUGUCCUGUUUCAGUGCAUGCCAGUCCCUGUGAUCUUGAACUUCGAUGCAGAGUGUCAGAGGACCAACCAGGUUCAAGAAGAAAAUGAAGUUCUGCGUCAGAAGCUUUUUGCAUUGCAAGCCGAAAUCCACCGACUGAGGAAAGAGGAGCAGCAGCCAGAAGAGGAAGAGGCUUUGGUCCAACACAAAUUGCCUCCUUAUGUCUCCAAUAUGGACCGCCUGGGGGACUCGGAACUCCCUGUGACCCCAUGGUGUGUGUGCUUGCCCAGAGCCAUGGUGUGCAGCCAGAGGAACGCCUCCCUCUCCCAGUCGCCUCGCGUGGGCUUCCUGUCCUCACUGCUGCCUCAGAGUAAGAAGAGCCCCUCAAGGCUGCCUGCCCAGGGGCCCCCUCAGGCUCAGAGCUCAGCCAAGAAAGAGUCCUUCAGCGGUCAGGCCACCAAAGGAAAGGACCUGACGUUCGGGGCCAAGGAUGGGAAGAGCCUCCUCAGCGGGCUGGCCACUGGGGAGUCCAGUUGGUCGCAGCACCGGCAGCGGCGCUUGCAGGACCAUGGCAAGGAGAGGAAGGAGCUUUUCUCUACCACCACUUCCCAGUGUGCAGAGAAGAAGCCGGAAGCCAGUGGCCCAGAGGCAGAACCCUGCCCAGAGCUCCACAUGGAGCCGGUGGAGCCGCAGACUCGGGCUUCCGCGGCAGGCCCCGAGGGUGGAGGGGUCCGUCCCGAGCAGCCCUUCAUUGUGCUGGGGCAGGAGGAGUAUGGGGAGCACCACUCGUCCAUCAUGCACUGCAGAGUGGAUUGCUCUGGGAGGAGAGUCGCCAGCUUAGACGUAGACGGGGUCAUCAAAGUGUGGUCCUUCAACCCCAUCAUGCAGACCAAAGCAUCCUCCAUUUCCAAGUCGCCACUGCUGUCUUUAGAAUGGGCCACCAAGCGGGACAGACUGCUCUUGCUGGGCAGUGGUGUGGGGACGGUGCGUCUUUACGACACAGAAGCCAAGAAGAAUCUCUGUGAAAUCAGCAUCAACGACGACAUGCCCAGAAUCCUGUCCCUCGCGUGCAGCCCCAGCGGGGCCUCUUUCGUCUGUUCGGCCGCAGCCCCGAGCCUCACUUCCCAGGUGGACUCCUCAGCGCCCGACAUUGGCAGCAAGGGCACGAACCAGGUUCCUGGCAAACUGCUGCUGUGGGACACGAAAACCAUGAAGCAGCAGCUCCAGUUCUCCCUGGAUCCAGAACCCAUUGCUAUCAACUGUACAGCCUUUAAUCACAAUGGGAACCUGCUGGUCACAGGGGCAGCCGACGGUGUCAUCCGCUUGUUUGACAUGCAGCAGCACGAGUGUGCGAUGAGCUGGAGGGCCCACUGCGGGGAGGUCUACUCCGUGGAGUUCAGCUACGACGAGAACGCUGUGUACAGCAUCGGCGAGGAUGGGAAGUUCAUCCAGUGGAACAUCCACAAGAGCGGCCUGAAGGUGUCUGAGUAUGGCCUCCCCUCCGAUGCCACGGGCCCCUUUGUGCUGUCUGGAUACAGUGGCUACAAGCAGGUUCAAGUCCCCAGGGGCCGACUCUUCGCUUUUGACUCAGAGGGCAAUUACAUGCUGACGUGUUCUGCCACCGGGGGCGUCAUCUACAAGCUGGGUGGUGAUGAGAAGGUUCUGGAAAGCUGCUUGAGCCUCGGUGGCCACCGGGCGCCUGUGGUCACCGUGGACUGGAGUACCGCCAUGGACUGCGGGACCUGCCUCACCGCCUCCAUGGACGGCAAGGUCAAGCUCACCACCCUCCUGGCCCAUAAAGUCUGAUGGAGCUGCCCUGAGGGACACCCACAGAAGCAGUAUUAUCCUGGGGUGCAGGCAAGAUGCAAGGUGGGAAACAGGGCACUCCACGGGCAGCCCCUGCCGGCGCGGUAGGUCUUCAGGGAGAGCCUGUCUGAGGAGCUCAGGCACUGCCCAGCUGCGGUGCCUGCGUGGGAGUCAAUGGAGCAGGUGGCUUGUGCUUCCCAGAGACCAGGGUCGGACUAUGCCAGACGCACACUUCAGAGGAAAGCCCCGGAAGAAGGAGAAACACUGUGACAGCUGCUGUGUUGGCCCAGGAGAAAUUGACAGUAUUUUGUAUAUAUUUGCUCAUUUUUCUUCUUUUUUUAAAAAAAGAGAAUGUACUUGUGGUCCCUUGGGGUCUUUCUAGGAUGUGUAUGUCACUCUGCCCCGACAGUCGUCAGCUGGGGGCUCCCUGCCCUUGGUCUGCGCACCCCAGUCCUCGCGCCCCUCUGGCCCGAGGCUGUACUUCCGCAGCUGCGCCUGUUGCUUUGCCACAGGGGUAGGAUGUGGCCCACGGCUCUUGUCACUUCUGCUGGGUAACUGACAUUUUGAGGUUCCUAUUUCUCUGGGCUCGAGUCGAGGCCAGAGAGUGUUUUUUCUCUUUCCUGAAAAUUGGUGGCUUUUGUUACAGAAGCGUCUCAGGAUGAGGGCAGGGGCUGAGGCCUCCGCUGCUGGCCGCCCUCCUGUCCGGGCGGCUGCUGUUUCCCACGCAGGCUGAGAAUCCAUUCUCCGGUAUGCCUGGGACCAGGAGGUGUUUCAGAUUUUGGAUUUUUUUUUAUUUUGGAAUAUUUGUAAAUACAUAAUGAGAUAUCUUGGGGGGACCCAAGUUUUAACAUGAAAUUCAUUUAUAUCUCACAUAGACAUUAUACACAUAGCCAGAAGGCAAUUUUAUACAGCAUUCUAAAUAAUUUUGCACACAGAACCAAGUUUUGACUGCAACUCAUCACAUGACGUCAGGUGUGGAAUUUUCCACUUGUGGUGUCACGUAGGCACUCAAAAAGUUUAGAAUUUUGGAGCAUUUUAGAUUUCGGGUUUUUGGAUUAGGGGUGCCCAAGGUCCUCUUUCAUUUGGUGGCUCCUCUCAUUCCUCCAGCUUAACGUCCAAGGUGGAAGGUGCCAGCCGCCUGCGCCCCCUGCUGGUGGAUGGGGAAGGGGGUCAGAGUGAGGAGGCCAGGUUGUUGGUGGGCACGUGGGGUUCAGGCCUGACCAGCUGUGUCCACGCCCCUGUCUGAGGCCUGCCCUCUACUCCCUGGCUGGGGUGGGACCUCGGAGAGGCAGAUGUUCCCACAAGGGGAGGAGGAACUCACCUGGAAGGAAUCAUGACAGGAUGGUAGGCCUGGGCCUUGGGCUCCGACACUGGGUAGGGUCAAGCUUGUCCCUGAGCUGGGGAAGGCAGCAGCCAUGAUUCAAUUUAGAGCCUCCCAGCCCAAUUCUGGGGGUGCAGGCCUGGUAUGGGGAAUACUCCUAGUUACUCACUUCGGGAAAGGCACAGAGAAAUUGCUAUAAGCCUUGGCUCCAUUCUGCUGCGUUUUGAGGGAAAAGUAGGGAGGAGUUUAUGUGGCUUGAUUAUGAGAAAACACAAGAGACAGUAGUAAAAUAGUUACUCAUUUCCACUUUGGUAAUCCUUCCUUCAGAUGAAGAAACCAAGACUUUUCCAUGUAUUAUUAUAUCACUCUCCCCAUCUGCAUCGAAACAGCAACCUUAUUUAUCUCACCCAGUGAUUCUGUAGGACGUUUAAGAAGUGGUCAUGGCUUUCAUUUGGGAAUUUGUUUAACUUUUCCUCUCUUCAUCUUGAAGUUUCUCUGUCUUAUUAUCCAUUCCUUCCUCUCACUACGGUCUCCGCAGCUUGCUGAAAUGGCUUUAAGGAUUGCAGAGACACAAAGAACACUUGAAGCUCUAUUGUCCUUACCUGUCCCACGUCUUACCCAGUCCAGGAUGAGCUCUCAUCCUCAAAUAAAGCAUGUCGGAACUUGAA